ACGGUGGAGCCGCUCUCGUCGGCGCUGGGCGUCGAGGUCGUCGGCCUCGACCUGCGGUCGCCGCUCGACGACGACACGGUGGACGCGAUCACGGCGCUGCUCGACGCGCACCUCGUCGUGUGCUUCCGGGGCCAAACUUCGCUCACGCCGGAGCAGCAGGUCGCCUUCACGAAACGCUGGGGCGCCGUGGAGCCGCACCCGCUGGGCUCGCGCGAGGAGAUCCACCCCGCGGGCGUCCCCGAAGAGGUCCUCGUCGCGCAGAACCGCCUCGUCGACGGCGACUCCGUGCGCAACGACAUCUGGCACACGGACCUGAGCUGCAUGCGGGGGCGCGGCCCCGUCGCGUACACGGCGCUCCUCGGCGUCGAGGUCCCCCGGGAGGGCUGGGGCGACACGCUCUUCGCGAACACGCGCCAAGCCUACCGGGGCCUCUCCGAGGGCUACAAGGCCCUCGUCGACGACCUGCGCGCGGUCCACAACACGAUGCACUUCGAGCGCGCGGGCAAGAUGGAGAACUUCACGGCCUCCGCGUCUUCCGUGCACCCGCUGGUCCGGACGCACCCGCGCACGGGCGAGGACGCGCUCUACCUGUCGGGCAACUUCAUCGACCGCGUCGACGGCAUGGGCCGCGACGAGAGCCGGCCGCUCGUCGACGCGCUCAUCGCCCACGCGACGAGCCCGAUCUACACCUACCGCCACCGCUGGCGCGCGGGCGACCUCGUCAUGUGGGACAACGCGGCGACGAUGCACUACGCCGUCUUCGACUACGCCGCGGGCAUGGCCCGGACGAUGCAUCGUACGACCGUCGCGGGCGACGCGCCGUUC